CUGCUCUCAACUUCUUCCUAUACCCCAUGUGAGAUCGUGAUCGUGAUCGCUAUUCUCCAAAAUGGCGCUCCUCCAAACUUCCCUGAUCUGGAUCGUAUACGCUAUCGUCAUAGCUAUCCUGCUCGCGGUGGCCUCGGUAUUCAUCUAUGUCUAUCAAACUCCGCGGGACCGUUCUCCUUCUGUAACUCUGACGUGCAUCUUUGCCAUCACCUGUCUUUUGGCUACAGUCCUUCUGCUUCCCGUGGAUGUCGCACUGGUAUCGUCGACUACCUCGUCCAAGUUGGGCCGACGGAAAGAAUGGGCCACCCAGGAUGCCGUCGAUAAAAUCACCUAUUCUCUGACCGUCGUCUAUUACUUCCUGUACUCCCUUGAUGCGUUGCUCUGUUUGCUGGUCAUACCAUUCACAUAUUUUUGGUACGAAGAAUACGAUGAGGUGGCGGUCGAGGCAGGCGAGCAAACGCUUGGGCAGCGCUUCUGGGGCGCUUUCAAGUACACACUCUCGUUUGUUGCCAUUGUGGUGAUACUUUUCCUCGUCGGAUUUUUUGUCCCCGUCUCCAAUGAAAAGAGGGGUAUGGACUUGGAUUACUUCAAGCGCCUGCUGACUGAAAACCAUGGCGAGCGUGCAUUGACAUUUGCUCUCGGGCUUCUGACGACACUUGGACUGUGUCUUUAUGUCCUCUAUACUUCGUCGGGGCUUGCUCUGUUUCCCAUUGGUCUGAUUAAGACGGCACCUUCCAUCUCCAGUCCCACGUUGCGAGCAAAUACUGCACACCAGCUUGAGACUAACCAAGAGCGGCAGAGACAGCUUGAAGGUCGCUGCGGAGGUAACCCCGACCUUCUGUCUUCCAAAGACCGCAGAGAGCUUGACACUCUCACUCGCGAGGAGAGAACCUUGAUUAGGCGACAACGUCUCGUUGAAGAAGCGCAAGGCGAAGGUCAAGGAUGGCUGAUGCGGGCAUGGUACAAGGUUGGAGCAAUAUUCCGCCCAUUCAAGCUUCUCGGGGGUAUUCUGCUACUCCUGCUCGCAUUUGUAACAUGGGUGUCUAUGCUCCUAACGGCCAUCGACAAAGCGACAAACUCAAUUUGCAAGCAUCGCUGUGGAUACAUACUUGGGCACGUCAAUGUCUUCAAUCCGGUCAAUUGGGCUCUUGUUCAAUCUGCCAAAGUCUUUCCCGUCGACUACGCUAUCUUCACAGUGCUUGUCUUACUGCUGUUCUGCAGCUCGGUUGCUGGCAUUGCUGCGGUAGGCAUUCGCUUUCUUUGGAUCAGAAUCUUCCAGAUCCGAAAAGGUCAUACCUCACCCCAGGCUUUGCUCUUGGCAACCGCUAUGUUGAUGCUAAUGAUCUUGGCAUUGAACUACUCCGUGUCCAUGCUGGUUGCUCCGCAAUAUGCGACAUUUGGCCCGCAGACGUUCUGUGAUCGCGCGACGACGUCUCCACUGGACCAGCCGGAUUGUUCUGACAGCAGAGAACUGAUCAAGCCGUGCUCUGAAUUAGCAGAUAAUCCCGCCGCGCAGCAAGUGUGCACCCCAAGCGUUGUCAGCACCUUUCUGAACCGUGUCACUCUCAAUUACCCCUUCUUUGGUGUCGUGUUCUUCUGGGCCCAGUUCUUCUUCCUCGGAAUCUACCUGGUGAUCUUUGUUGCCUCUCUCUUCCGCUCGCCGAGAUUGGACGAGAGACAGCUCGACGAGGAUGCUGAAGAAGCCGAGGAAGAAGGUUUGCUGGCUAAUACUGGCAGACGUUUCAAUGCUACUUGGCAGGAUAUCACGGGUCGAGUUGGCCGAGACAGUGAAGAUGGUCGUGCUCCUGAAUGA